ACAAAGAAACAAACAAACAAACACCAAAGAGCAGAGACAUGGCCUCAGCCGAAGAAAAAGGCCUAUGGGAGAACGAGGAGUAUAGGCCUAUAAAACCCAUUCCACUGAUUCUACACAUUGACCUCCACCGACCUGAUUUCACGGACUAUUUGGGCAGCGGUUUCAAGAUCAGAGUGAGCAAAAGCACACCCAGAGACAGUGUCAUCCUGCCAACAUGUGGUGUAGCUGUCCUCGUCAUGUACUUGUCCCGGAUUUCCACCGCAUCCACAUCCACAUCCACAACUGCAUCCACUUCUGGCGAGGAAGGUCCGGGCGUGAAGGAAUCGCUGGAUGAGGUUAUCGAGAGAAUCAAAGCGUUCACCAGCCAGCACAAAGUAAGCAUCUUAGUGUUGGUCGGGUCGGUGUUUGGCGAGGAGGAAGUGGGCGGCGUCAUCGCGACGAUCCAGAGGAAGCUCCUGCCACGCCCGCCGCCCCUCUUGCCCGCCCACGGAGAUGCACAGGCGGCCGCCCACAUCCAGACGCUGGCGAAGGCCACGCUGCCGGAGACGAGACGCGUGGUUCAGGAGCGGAUGGAAGGGAUCCUGCAGGAGGCGACGUCGCAGGACUUCGGCGUCACCUUAGCCCGGGCCAUGGGACUCAGCCAGCACCAAGCUUCAGUGCUGCUCGACUCCUUCGGGUUCUCUGGCCGCUGUAGCCGAGGCCUCCGCUGUCGAGAUCCACCGAAGGACACCCUCGACGCCGCCACAGCCGCUUCCGUCGCCGCCUUCUUCGCGAGGGACACGGUGACACUCUAG